CUGAGAAAAGUUGUCGUCAGUAUUCGAGGGGCAGAGUUAUACGGUGGACAGCACGCGAGGCGGUCCGGCCUAGAUUUUUCCUUCGCUCUCUCAUCAGCACAAAGUUUUAACACUGAAGAGGAUUUCUUUUUUUAUUAAUUUCUUUGUGAAGAUUUUCUUUUGAACUCCUUGUGCCUGUUGCAGAUUUUUUUUAAAAAUAUUUUGAGAUGAAAUUUCUCGUGAUCUUCGCAGUAGUGAUCAGUUUGACGAUCGUGCAGUGCCAAGAUGUGAAUGAGGUGCAAUUGCCGAUCGAGGCGACAGUGUGCAAACGUGAGGAUCCCAAGAGGAAUGAUUGCUUCAAGAAUGUGAUUCAGAAGAUUAUUCCAGCACUCAAAGAUGGUGUUCCAAAGCUAAAUAUCACCUCAAUCGAUCCCCUUCCACUGCUUCAUGCAAAAUUUCUCUAUAGAGCCUCAAGUACCCUUUUGGCCUCACUCACGGUCGUGCGUGGCUUUGCUUAUGGAUUCAGUGAGUCCCAAAUACGACGCGUACGAUCACAGAUCACGGAUGAUGAGUGGAAAUUCAAUGUGGACGUUACAAUACCGCGUCUGCAUAUGGAUGGUGAAUACAUGGGUCAAGGCAAGUUCAACGAACUCAAUUUGGGCUCUCAGGGCUACUUCAAUCUCACACUGAAUCGAGUACAAACAACGUGGAAGAUUCGUGCAAAGGCAGAAGAGAGAGAUGGUGAGACGUACAUGCGUGUGUUCAAGUUCGAAAUGAUCCCAAAUGUAAAAUCCGUAAGGACCUUCAUUGAGAAUCUCGUACCUGAUCCAACGCUCAAUCUUGUUGUCUUGGAACUCAUCAAUGAAUAUUGGAACAUUCAUCACAAUGAAAUUCUCCUCGAGAGUGGACAAUUCUACGAGCCACUCCUCUCGCAAAUUGCCAAUAGUAUUCUCCUCAACAUACCCGUACGUAAACUUCUUCUCUGAUCACGCCAAAGAUCACGCAGAGACGUAAGAAAGCGCCCAGAUACUGGCAAAGUGAGAAUUCAAUUUUAAAUCUGAAUUUUUUUUAUAAUCGCGCGCGAUGAAUUUCUUUUUCACCGCAGUGUAAAGUGCAAUAAAAAUUCUUCUUUGGACAUGCAGAAAAAUUCCAAUAUUUUGGCUGAAGAUCGAAAAAAAUGUAGAAUGUAAAAAAGAGGAUGAUAAAUGAGUCACAAGAAGGUAUGUCGCCAGAAGAUUGAUACGCCAAAAAUAACAUUCUCUCAGAGGCGGAAUAAAAAGGAGAAAAUAAAAUAACUAAAAAAAUAAAAAA